AUGAAGAUUAUGCUCCACACUGACACCUCAGUUGGCAGCCUUGCUUCCGAGGAGGCGACGCAGAAGAAUGGACAGGGUUUCCUACGUUUCUGCAAGGAACUGGGAACUUCUCUGUCUGGAAAAAUUAGUGUCAUCGUCGACGACGAAAAAAUAGAAUGUGUUGAAAGUUAUAUCUUUCUUGGAAGUCUGAUAACCAGAGAUGGUGGUUGUGACUCAGAAAUUAAUAGACGGAUGGCUAUGUGCAAGAGUAUGAUGAUAAAACUGAAUUGGAUCUGGAGUAGCAAGGAUGUUUCUCUCAAGACAAAGAUAAGACUAGUCAACGCGAUUGUGUUUCCCGUUUUUCUCUAUGGCUGUGAAUCUUGGACACUGUCCAAAGCUCACAGCAAAGAGCAUAUUUAUGUAAUUUUUCUAAUUCGGUUUGCUCGAGUCUCUCUUGCGAUGUAA